AUGACCGACCGAGAGUCUUAUCCGUCGCCCGGCCCAGCGAGCAAUGGCCUGCCGUUCUACCAGCAGCAACAGCAGCAGCAGCAGCACACGGAACAACAGGCGCAAGAGCACGAGCGGCAGCAUGGGUCUGCAGAAUCGCGAGCUGGCGUUGCUGCGCCGACCCAGACAGACUACAAUGCACAGACACCGUCACAGUCAAAUCCACAGCCACCGGCAAAUGCACACCAUGAGGUGCCAGAUGAUCCGCACCUGCGCGCCAGUAUCAUCAACAGGAUCGGCAGCUUUGGGACCUUGGGAGCGCCGCCUCCUAACAUGACGCGCCAGUCCCCUCCCGCGACACCCUCCUCUGCAAUACCCCAAGGAUCGGUAGCAUACGCACAGUACAAUGGCUCUGCCGACGCUGCUCCACCAGCAGCAGACAAGAACAAGGAUAAGAGGACGAAAGUCAGUCGUGCCUGCGACGAGUGCCGGCGCAAGAAGAUCAGAUGCGACGCGCUCGACGAGACUGCGAACAUGCCAUGCACCAAUUGCGCUCGUACGGGCGCGAAGUGCGCCUUCAGUCGACAACCCAUGAAGCGUGGUCCGAGUAAAGGCUACAUCAAAGAGUUGGCAGAGCGCCUGAAUUCGCUGGAGCAGCAGGUACAACCACCUCACCUGCAACAGCAGCACCGAUACGAGAUACAGCAAGUCCAGCAGGCCAUGGCUGAGCAAGCGCAGCAGACGGGCAUCUCGCCAUACCAUCACGAUCCUCGCCUACUAGAUCCACGAGUGGGCGACAAGCGAACACACGAAAUGGCAGAAGCUCUCCACAAUGGUCAGGUACCGUUACAAGCCCAGCAGCUACCACCGAAUCCGUACCACCAGGCGUCUGGGUCCAACCAGCCCUUCUGGCGUCACAAUCCUAACGAGAAUCGCCAGGAUCCGGUGGGCUUUGCGUACGAAGCCGAAACUACCACAGCGAUCACGAGUUUCGACUGGGACGAAGCCGUUAUCGAAGAGUACUACCGCAUCAUCCAUCAGACCUUUCCGUUGCUGCCCAACAGCCGACAUCGAUUGAGACAACGACUCGGUGAGUGCCCUGCGUCGUUGAGGGAAGCGUUCCUGGCUGCGUUGGACUGCUUGAUGCGGACAUUCCCUACAACGGCGCUCCCACCCAACGAUAAAUACCCACAAGCACUGAAACGCACGGCUGAGCUCCUCGCUCAAUACCCCUUCGACAAUCCCAGCUCACACACGAAUGCUACAAAUCUGGUCUAUCUUCAGACUCUGAUCCUGAUGGCAUUGGAAAGCGACAAUCACGGCCCCGCCACGAUAAGAGGUCAAGCAGGCCCGAGUCGCGCAGAGUGGCUAGGCCGUGCUGCCGGUGUCGCAGGCCAGCUCGAGAUCAAUGUCAUUCGUACUGGCAGCACUUCUGUCAUGGAAGGUGAUCGCGAUUCUGAAGAACGCCUUGCCAGACGUGUGUGGUGGGUGCUGUUCAUCCUUGAUAGGUGGCACGCUUCGUCUACCGCGGACCUGCUCAAGUUGCCAGAGAAUAGCGUCGUGUUGUUGCCCGAGGAUCAGAUCUUGCUGGGCGAGUCAACUUACCAUCUAGCGCGACUGUCAUUCAUCAUAGGCCAUCUCGCAGCGAUUCUGACCACGACCAAGACUCCAUCGACAGAUGUGAUGGCGCCGUCGAACCCGGCAUCCUCCUUGCUUGGUCUGACUCUGGCAGGGGAGAUCGACAGGUUUCGAGAGUCGGUAGAGUCGGUCUGGGGCUCCUUAAACCUCGUCCACCUCAGCUAUCACCACUGCCAUUUACUCAUCAAGCGUCUCAACCCUACUACGGAGCCCUCAGAACUCGUGGGUCAUGCUGUGAAGGUGGCCACUGUGCUGAACAGCCGCCUCACGCCUGUCACGCCACUGAAUCACCAUUUCGGAGCGUUGGCCGCGAUGACGCUGUGUGAGCUUUGCGAUGUUCCAAAGACUCGUGCAGAAGCGGCUAAGGGACUGGAGCAAAUGGCGGAGUGUCUGGGUGAAGGUCGAGGCUUGGCAGGUCGACUCGAAAGUGAAGGCUGGGAUGGCGCUGUACGCGAGCUUGUGAAGAAGAAGCGAGAGAAACUGCAAGAGCGGGAAAGCUUGCAGAGCCUCGCGGAGACCGCUGUGGGCGACAAUGCGAACUUUGACCCUACAAUGCUGACAAGAUAUGGGUAUCUCACGUCGCUUGGUCAAGGCUUGUUCGGCAGAGAUGGUCUGUAG